AGAAUGUGGGGUUGGUCCGUUUAUUUCCAAAACGCGGGUGAAAAAGCUGUCUGGUUGAGAGAUGGUUGGUUUUUAUUCCUCUCCUCGUUUGUGGAGAGGAGAACACACCGCUCUCUCUCUUUUCUGGUUCUUCUUUCUUUCUCUUUCUCUCUGUCUAUCUCUCUCAUCAUCAAAUCAGACUCUCCUAAAACAACUUUCUCUCUCCCUUCCUAAAAGUUUUCUCUCUCUAGAAACUGUUAUUCUUGUUAAUUUGGCUCUGUUUUUGUGUGGUGGUCUUGGUUGCUCGGGUUUUGUCUGGUUUAGAUAGAGAGACAGAGGGAGGGAUAGUGUCUGAUCGUUGAGGAGAUUUGGCUAGACUGACGACGACAGGUAGGUGGGGGGAGGGUGAGUGAAUGAAUGGGAAUUCCGGUCGGCUUUGCUAGAGUGACGACGUGGUGGUGGUGGUUGUGACUCACUGACUCACUGACUGACUGGCUGACCGCCAUCUGGACCAGCCAUCUCAUGGACUUCGAUGCCGGAAUUCCCAUGUCUCGUGCUGCCGCGCCCGUGACCGACGCUCCGUCACUGUCACCCUCCUUGACCCAAGAUGCAAUGUGGCAAAUGAAUUUGAGAUCAAGUGAAACACUGGAACCUGGGUCCUAUCCCGAGCGUACCGGAGAGCCAGAUUGUUCUUAUUACAUCAGAACAGGCCUUUGUAGAUUUGGAGCAACAUGUCGCUUUAAUCAUCCUCCUAACCGGAAGCUGGCUAUUGCCACUGCAAGGAUGAAGGGAGAGUUCCCAGAAAGAAUUGGACAACCUGAAUGUCAGUACUACCUGAAGACAGGAACUUGCAAGUUUGGAGCAACAUGCAAGUUUCAUCAUCCUAGAGACAAAGCAGGAAUUGCUGGAAGAGUUGCCUUAAAUAUCUUGGGCUAUCCACUUCGACCGAAUGAGAUUGAAUGUGCUUAUUAUUUACGAACUGGACAAUGCAAGUUCGGAAGCACUUGUAAAUACCACCAUCCACAACCUACUAAUAUGAUGGUUUCAUUGCGUGGCUCUCCUGUAUAUCCUACUGUCCAAUCUCCAACUACUCCUGGUCAGCAGUCGUAUGCGGGAGGAAUUACAAAUUGGUCAAGAGCAUCUUUUAUUCCCAGUCCACGCUGGCAAGCUCCAUCAAGUUACGCUCCUCUUAUUGUUCCUCAGGGAGUGGUAUCAGUCCCAGGUUGGAGCGCAUACAGUGGCCAGAUUGGCUCCGUUUCAUCUCCAGAGAGCCAACAGCAACCAGUGGGAAACAGUCAAAUCUAUGGAACUUCACGCCAAGGUGAACCGGAAAAUUCAGGUUCUCAAGGGACCUUUUCUUCAUAUCGUUCUGGCUCCAUACCUGUGGGGUUUUAUGCAUUGCAGAGGGAAAAUGUAUUUCCUGAAAGACCUGGCCAGCCUGAGUGCCAGUUUUACAUGAAGACAGGCGAUUGUAAGUUUGGUGCAGUUUGCAGGUUCCAUCAUCCUAGGGAGAGAUUAAUUCCUGCUCCAGACUGUGUUUUGAGUCCAAUAGGCCUUCCUUUACGGCCGGGAGAACCUUUAUGCAUCUUUUAUUCUCGUUAUGGUAUCUGUAAGUUCGGUCCGAGUUGCAAGUUUGACCACCCUAUGGGUAUCUUCACAUAUAAUCCCAAUGCAUCAUCUUCGGCUGAUGCCCCAGCCCGGCGUUUGUUGGGUUCAACGUCAGCGACCACUUCAUUAAAUUUAUCACCAGAAGGAUUAGUUGAAGCAGGAUCAGCAAAUCCCAGGAGACUUUCACUGUCAGAACCUAGGCAGAUACCUUCUGGAGAUGAUAAUAUUGACACAGAGGACUGAAAGAAAGCUGCUCGAAAACGAGCCAUUUACAUUAACAAUCUUUUGGGGGUUAAAACAAGAGUUAUCUGUAAAUUGAUUUCCAAUUGCUGGAAAUUUACAGAAUACAUGUCAAGUUGAUUAUGUCCUAAAAUGCAUUCAGCUGACAGAGGCUCAGCCUUCUGAAUUUCACAUUGCUCAUUGUAUAAAAAUCUGCAAAUAUUGUCACAUUUGGAAAACCCAAUGUGAACAUUCUGUUCUGUCUGUCCAAGAUCCCAAUUUUUCUGAUCUUUUGUGAUUUA